AUGGCAGUCUAUAUUGAGCCGGCAAGGUUCCCAGCUGAUACUGCCGCCAUCCAUUCUCUGUUCUCCGGGUACGCGGCAUCGCUCGGAAUCGAUCUCACGUUCCAGUCCUUUCAACAAGAGCUCGACUCGCUACCAGGAACAUAUGCCGAAUCUCAAGGUGGCACUCUUCUAAUUGCACGAGCGCAAAGGGCUGGUCAUCCGCACAGAAAGGCAAACUCUGGCUCAACCCCAGAUCAUGCGUCCCUGGCCGCGGUAGAAGAUUCCUCGGCUGUGGGCUGCGUAGCCCUCCGACGCAGCUCAGACAAUUGGUGCGAAAUGAAAAGACUUUACGUAGUCCCGGAAACCCGCGGCUUGCAUCUUGGUGAGAAGCUCGUCCAAAGUAUUCUUGCGCAGGCAAAGGCUCUAGGAUACCGUGGUGUCCGGCUGGAUACACUUCCAGACAUGGCCGCGGCACAACGGCUCUAUCGCCGACAUGGGUUUGUGCAGAUCGAGCCCUACUACGAUACUCCCAUCAAAGGGACUAUAUUUAUGGGGUGCGAAUUCACUCAAUCAUGA